CGUGAGGCGGUGUCACGUGACGGAGCGAUGGGGACGACGCUGGAUGUGCGGGUGAAGCGCGCCGGGAAGGUUUAUCGCGAUGGGGAAAUUCUUUCUGGAGUGGUGGUCAUAACCAGUAAGGACACGGUGCAGCACCAAGGGAUCUCCUUAACCAUGGAGGGCUCAGUAAAUCUGCAGCUCAGUGCCAAAAAUGUGGGGGUGUUUGAGGCCUUCUGCAACACUGCCAAGCCUAUUCAGAUUAUCAACAGCACCAUUGAAAUGGUGAAACCAGGGAAGCUCCCCAGUGGCAAGACAGAAAUUCCCUUUGAAUUCCCACUGCAAAUGAAGGGCAACAAAGUUCUGUAUGAGACAUACCACGGAGUCUUUGUCAAUAUCCAGUACACCCUGCGCUGUGACAUGAGACGCUCCCUGCUGGCAAAGGACCUGACCAAGACUUGUGAAUUCAUUGUCCACUCCCUGUCACAGAAAGGGAAGCUGCUGCCAAGCCCUGUGGACUUCACCAUUACUCCUGAAACUCUGCAAAAUGUUAAAGAGAGAGCUUCCCUUCCCAAAUUCCUGAUCAGAGGGCACCUGAACUCCACCAACUGUGUGAUCACGCAGCCGCUGACGGGGGAGCUGGUGGUGGAGAGCGCCGAGGCGGCCGUCAAGAGCAUCGAGCUGCAGCUCGUGCGUGUGGAGACCUGUGGGUGUGCUGAGGGCUAUGCCAGGGACGCCACAGAGAUCCAGAACAUCCAGAUCGCCGACGGCGACGUCUGCAGGGGCCUCCCCAUCCCCAUCCACAUGGUGUUCCCCCGGCUCUUCACCUGCCCCACCCUGGAAACAACCAACUUCAAAGUGGAGUUUGAAGUGAACAUCGUGGUCCUUCUGCACGACGACCAUCUCAUCACAGAGAACUUUCCCCUGAAGCUCUGCAGGAUGUGAACAACCACUGGAGAAGCAGGGAAGGAUUCACUGGGAAUUCCUCAGAGGGAAAGUGGAACUUUAUCCAUGCCUGACUUCAGCUGGAGCCACCUCACUUCCUUCUUCCUGCGGGCAUUUCUUGUGCUUUCACUUCCCUGUUAACCUGGCCAAGACUUUGCCUCUCUGGAUUUCCCAAUCCUGCUGCCUUCAACAAAACCAUUCCCAAUUUCUUCUCAGGCAGAUCCUGAAGGAAUCAUGCUGUAGCUUUCUACAGCUUGUACAAGUAUGGAGCAAGUUCCUCUCUUGCUUUAAUUUUGUAAUAUUUGUUCCAAAGGCCUUUGAAGACCCCUUAAAGCUCACGAAUCCCAUGACAGCCAUUCUGGGAGGGUAUGGGAAUUGUGCCAGAAUGAGAAGGGAAGUCUUUGAAGGUCUAAAAAUGGUGCUACAGCUCUGGAAGGUGGUGGUGUGGGAUCUGUCCCAAGGUGGAUGGGAAAUGAGUGAUUUCAAAUCACACCAAGGAAAUUUUUGGUCAGAUUGGGAAGAGGAGUUGGUGUUGGAGGAAGAAAUUAAAGUGUUUGUGACUGUACAGCUUAAAGAAAAAGUAAUUCAGUAAGAAAGAACCUUCCCAACACAAA